AUGGAGGAGCUGGCCGAGCAUGGUACUUUCUUGCCUUAUAAUAUGCAAGGACUGACAGAUGAGCAAAUCGAAGAACUGAAGUUGAAGGAUGAGUGGGCAGAAAAGUGUGUACCAAGUGGUGGAAGUGUCUUCAAGAAGGAUGAAAUUGGGCGAAGAAAUGGGCACGCUCCAAAUGAAAAAAUGCAGCAAGUUAUAAAGAAGACAAUAGAGGAAGCCAAGGCAUUAAUCUCUAGGAAACAAGUUCAGGCCAACGUGUGCGUCACUAUGGAGAUGGUGAAAGAUGCACUGGACCAGCUCCGGGGGGCUGUGAUGAUUGUGUAUCCAAUGGGAUUGCCUCCGCAUGACCCAAUCACAAUGGAGUUUGAAGAUAAAGAAGAAUUGUCAGGGACCCAUGCUGGACUUGAAGUUAUAGCGGAAUCAGAAGCACAAUUAUGGUGGGCAGGAAAGGAGUUGAAUAAAACAAAGUUGCUCUCUGACUAUGUAGGCAAAAAUGAGAAAACGACCAUCAUUGUCAAGAUACAGAAAAAAGGACAAGGAGCUCCAGGGCGUGAACCUCUGAUUAGUCACGAAGAGCAAAAACAGAUGAUGCUGUAUUACUACAAAAGGCAGGAGGAACUUAAGAAACUGGAAGAGGAUGACGACGACUCAUUCCUGAACGCUGAGUGGGCAGACAACCAUGCCUUGAAAAGGCAAUUUCAUGGUGUGAAGGACAUCAGAUGGGGGCCAAGAUGA